AUGACGAGAAAUAUUCUGAAUAGCCCCAUGGAGGGUAUUGAUGAUGAUCUGUGCAGCUCACAGACGUUGCCACAGCAAAACGCGCCAGGCGCAGAGCCCGUGGAGCGGAAGAAACGUACACGAACGGGAUGUCUCAACUGCAGUCGCCGGCGACGCAAAUGCGACGAGGCAAAACCGACCUGUACAGGCUGCAAGCGACGGGGUGAUGAUUGUCAAUGGCGCAUGCUUGGAUCUUUUCGAGAAGCCAAUAUCAAGGUGCUGGGAUCAGACCAUCCCUCUAUGAGCCAGGGAGUAAACACCAAUAAGAACAAGCGACCGAGCAAAUUCAAAAUUUUGAAUGCUUUGCCAAAUACGCCUCGCACGAGAGGCUCAUCUAAGCGGCCAUAUGAGGCCACUUGUGACCGACUAGAGGUAGAGCUGCACCGCUCUUCUCCUGGCACAGCACCGACAACUGCGGCCAUUGCUGAAACUCGCUUGAAAGAUCCAUCGCAGUCGGCAACGCAGCAUUCUGGAUCCUCACCGGAAGUUCAUCAAGUGCCGUUUACCGCGUCUUCCAGGGACGCGCCGACUGAUGUGUUGCACCACCAAAGCCCUGCAUCUUGUCACCAUGAGCGCAGUGAGGCGACAGCCAAUAAUUCCCCAUCGGACGAAAGGGCUAGUCCGCACCACUCAACCCAUCAAUAUGAUAUCCGACACAAUUCUGCUGCGGAUGAUGUAUCUUCGCAUGUCUAUGUUAACACCGGCUCGGAGUUUUUGGUUGAUGAUCUUGCGGCCUUGAGGGGUUUUACUCACCACACACAAUUCAACGCGUCGGUAACAGACUCAUAUCACAACGGCCCCUCUCCCCUUUUUGACAAUAGUGUCUUCUCUGAUCCGGCAGACUUCACAAAUGAUGUCUUUUUACCUGGAUCAACCUAUGAAGCGUUACAUACAACCUUGCGAAAUCGGCAGUUAUGGACAGCAAGACCUGAUGGCCCAAGUCGUGCCAGCUCUCAAGGCUCACUCUCGCAUGCCCGUACGCCAACAGGGUAUAGUGACUCGGGCUCAUUUUCUCGGACGGAAAGGGAGCCUAAGACUGGAAGGUUCUUCCAGUUAUCCAUUGAAAGGGAACACAUUCUGUGGCAAAAUUACCUAACUGAGAUAUGCUCAUGGCUCGAUAUGUUUGAUAACAAUCAUCAUUUUGCUUCUACAUUCCCACAGAUGGCAAAAACCGCACCUCACUUACGAUAUUCCUGUCUGGCAUUAUCUGCGCGUCAACUUGAACGACAGCAAAAUGCUAAAUCUCAAUCGGAAAGUUUAUCCCUCUAUCAAGAAGCGAUCCACCUCUUAUUGCCGGAAUUGGAGAGCAAAACCACUCCAGUCAUUGCUUCUUGUGUUAUCCUGUGCGUCCUGGAGAUGUUAAGCUGUAAUCCCAAAGAGUGGCGACGACAUCUGGAUGGAUGCGCAUAUCUUAUACAAGCAGCUGGUAUUAACGGAUUCUCUGGGAAGGAAGAGCAAGCGCUAUUCUGGUGUUUUGCGCGAAUGGAUGUCUGCGGUGGUCUCAUAUCGGAAGAAGAAACUAUCAUCCCACUCCAUAACUGGAGACCCCGAGACAUGAGCGGUAACCAAGCAUCACAACUCUUCCUCUCAUCCUCAAGAAGCGAUUUCGACGCUUACGCCAACUAUACCGUGUAUCUCUGCGCUCAAACUCUAGGUGUUCUCUUCGGACCUUCCUCCAACACUGCGCACCCAUGUAGUCCAACCCAAUCCGUCCCGGAAGAGGACGUCAAUUCAUAUAUCCAUCGCUGGAGAGAGCUCUUUGGAAAGGUCGAACAGUGGUAUGAGAGUCGCCCAAGUCAAAUGAAGUCCAUCUUCACUGUCGCCCAGCCCGGUUGCUCGGGGGUAGACCAACCAUUUCCAAUGGUGUUAUACGGCAAUGGAGCAGCCAUCUCAGGAAAUCAACUGUACCACGUUUGCGCCCUAUUGUUACUUCAACGAAAGCCCAAAACACUGUCGCUUUUCAAGAAGCCGAAAUCCGUCCUUUGGCAUGCUCGACAAAUUUGUGCUAUCUCAGCCUCUAAUACGCACCAUGGUUGUUGGACAAAUGCUCUCCAACCCCUAUGGAUUGCUGGUAAAGUCAUGUCGCACUACUCUGAACACAUGGCCAUUGUAGAGACAUUGAUUAGGAUCGAGCGAGAAACCGGCUGGGCUACUGCAUGGCGAGUGGAAGACCUCAAAGACCUCUGGGGUGACUAUGACAAUGAUGACGAUUGUGACAUGGAUGGGGAGUGA